AUGAUUCCAAGGGUGUAUAGGUGGAAAGGGCGUAGGCCCAGCAAGCUUGAUCCAGGAAGAGUUUUUGUACCAGCUCAAUGGUUCACAUUUGUGGCGGUUGACCUUCUUCGAACAGCUUCUUCCUUCUCCCUCACGACUGUGCCGCAAGCCUCCUUCUCCUCGCCGUCUCUUCCGAUCGAUUCCGUUUCGACAUUCUCUUCGUUCCGGUUUCGCGUCAAUCAAACACAGCGCUUCAUCUCUUCGUCGAUCAUUGUUUCGGUGCCUCAUCCACAUCUCCUUCCAAAUGAACUCCAACCGCGAAUGACCGGUGUAGCCGCGGAUCCACAAAGGCUGUCUUUGGAUAGGCUGAAUUCUGUGUUUGCAAGCUUGACCUAUAGAGCCAGGUUUGGUGCUCAUGUUUAG